UCUCGCGUUCGACAGCAGAGACAUCGGCGCGCCCGAGCUUAACUAAAGAUGUUGGUCGAGUUAGGUUAUAUUAUCUGUUUAAAAUUUAUCUAGGCACUCGACGUGCUAUUACACUCGCUCAGUGACUCUACGAGAGAGCAGAGUCCACAGCCUUCAGUGCUUGCGAUACCUACACCGGUUCUGCUCGCCGGCUGUGGGAAUGGAUUUUGAAAGCCCCGACGUGGAGAAAGACUUUCCAGGCCUUUAUGCGUCCGAGACGGUUGGGAAAGGACAGGAGCGCGAUGUCACCUAUAGUGACGAUGAAAAGGUGUCAAAGAAGGAGCUCCUGAUUGGCAAGCUCAAGGAUAAAAAAGACAAGAAGGAUAAGGGAUAUGUUGCUUUUGAAGGAGAAAGCUCGGAAGGGGAAAUGGAUGAAUCACGAGGCAAGAACAAAAAGAGUAAGGCUCCAUUCAAGUUUCCUGGAAAAGAGAAGAAGGAGAAAGCUCAGAAGAGCAAGGACAGUGUUAAGUCAAAGGACUCCAAGGAUGCCAAGAAGGAUGCCGAGAAGGACAACAAGGACUCAAAGAAGAAGAAGGAGAGCAAAGUGAAGCUUGUCAAGAAAAAGAAGAAGGCUGAAAAGGCCGAGGAUCCAAUUUUUGGCGUUCCCUUGCUGACUGCACUUGAAAAGAACCCGUCUGACGAUGGCAUCGAGUUGCCUGCUAUUGUGCGAGAGUGCCUUGACUACAUUGAAGAACAUGGUCUGACCUGUGAGGGCAUCUACCGAAUGUCUGGUGUCAAGUCGACUGUGCAGCAGCUUCGGGCGGCCUACAACCGGCACGAGCAGGUGUGCCUUAGCGAGCAUGGGCCUCAAGUGGUGGCCAGUCUGCUGAAGCAGUUCCUCCGUGAGCUGCCUGACCCUGUGCUCACCAGCGAGCUGGGCCCCAGGUUUGAGGAGGCUGCUGCCAUCAAAGAUGAGACUAGACGAGUCGAAAUGAUUCAGAAGCUGAUUGAGCAGCUGCCCAACCCGAACCGGCUCCUUCUGUCAUGGGUGUUUGUGCACAUGACUAAUGUCCUCCGCAUGGAGAAGCACAACAAGAUGAACCUGCAAAAUGUCUACGUUGUGCUGAGCCCAAGCAUGCAGAUCAGCCACAGGGUUCUCCACGCUUUGUUCUCCCAUGCACCGAUAUUCUUCAAAGAUGUGAAAAUAAUCAAAUACGUGAAGAAGAUCCCACCUGACUCGUCGCGUCAGUCUCUGGAUCUUCCCGAGACGGCGGCAGCCAUAGAAGAGGAGUUGAGCCAGCAGGAGCAGGUGCUGAGUGAAAUCCACGCCGAGCUCAACGCGGGACUUCGCGAUCCCCAGAAGGAAGAGCAGCUUUGGGAGGUGCAGCGCGUUGUGACACAGCUCAAGCGCAAGUUGCGCGUCUUGCGACAAGUGAAGAAGGUUCCCGUGGAAGCGACGCGGGCAGACUCCAUUGAGAAGAUCGACACACGGCUUCGGUUAGCGGCGGCCGUGGAACCAACGCCACCGCAGCCACCACCUGAAGCCGCAGCGACGCCGGCCAUCGCUCCACUGCCUCCUGCCGAGCCAGCCCCGACCAAAGAUUCCUCAAGUGAACAUCCAAAAGCCGCGACAAUUACGUCUGUUCCUAAUAGCCAAGUCCAAUCCACUGAAGUUCCGGCUGUUUCUGAAAUGGAGAAAGUUGUCCCAUCAGUUUCCCAGCAGCCUGUCCCGAAGGUGGUACGAGUGAUACCGACCACUUCUUUGCAAGAGCCUGUCAGAGUUCAUCAGGAGGAUGUCAUCGGCAGUGGAGAGAUGCACGCUACUGGUGACAUCAAGGAGGACGGAUUUGAGAAGGCCGUGGCUGAAGAAGCUCCACUGGACGAAGCCACGGAGGAAAUUCUGGCGGCCCUGCGCCCCAAGCCUCCCGAGGAAGAGACUGACCCCGAGAUGCAGCAGCUGCGUCGCGAGGAGCUGGAGCUGGUGCUGCAGCAGGAGGAGCUGCUGUCGCUGGGCGAUGAGCUGCGCCGCAAGAUUGCUGCCGAGCGCACGGAGGCUGAGCGCCUGCGCAGCGAGAUUGACGAGUAUGAGAAACUGGCAAAGUACAAGCAGUACUCUGUUGAGUCGGCCGAUGGUAGCAGCUCUGGAACUGAGGGAAGCGAGAGUGAUGGUGAAGAUGAACUUAAACAAGAACUUAGCCAGCUGAUGGAAGAAAACAAGCAUCUGUCGGAGCAAGCAAUGGACCUGAGCCAGAAGAUCCUGAAGGAACGGGAGGCCUGCGUCGAGAUCAAGGUCAAGAUGCGCUUGCUCCAAAAUGAUGCCAAGAUGCUGAAAAUCUGACCGGGUCGGUCAUCCUCUCACCAUUGGGUGAAACACUGAACAAGGGAUGGCUGUGUUGAUCCCUGCCAUCAGAGGCAUUCGUACUACUGCCAAACGUCUCGCAAAAAUUCAUUCCACUAAUUUCUCAUGCCUUGACCUCUUUUCUCUUGAUAUUGUGUUUGUGUUGCAGCCUGUCUUGCUGCCCUCUCUGCAUGCUGCGAGUCAAUCAUUUUUUAUUUAUCCCUGGCGCAAAGGCAGAAAGUAGAGAUAAAGCUUUAGCUCAUGCAUGUACAUAUUGGCAUUACUGUAUUAACACAAUAUCGUGACAGAAGCUCGAGGCAAACAGCACAGCUAACAUCUCGCUAUUGCACGGUGUUUAACUGCACUGCGUGCUCUCACCUGCUGUCAUACAGUUUCAGCCACGACUGAAACUGAAAACCUCCCAAUGCUUAAAGAAGCAGUGACACCAGACUUGAAACUCUAGAUGUGGUGUUCAUUCGACUGCUUGAUAUGCAUGAUUUUUUUUUAGCAAAGCAUGAAUCGCGUCCGCUACGUAAAAGUUGCUCUACGUAGAAUUUCUAAGUGCAACAUGCGUUAAGUUGAUGCCACUGCUCCUUUAAUCUAUUUCUGCUGGAAUAAGCAUGAUGGACAAGCUGUUGUGCGGCUUGAAUACUGGGAUUUUCAUGCUCGUGGUAUUUUGGCACAAUGCCAUGGUAAUGCUAAAAUGCAUGGGGUAGCAGCUAACCCUCUUCAAUGAAUUUCCUAAGAAGCUGAAAUCAGUAACUGUGUGCUGGAAGAAAUCCAUUUGCAUCAGUGAUGCUGAAGGUGUAUGCAUGAAGAUGUAUUAAUAUAUUGUUGUAGCUGCAUGCCUUGGCAUUCUUGUUUGCGUACCAAGAAGUACUCGCCAUUCUGGCUUCACAUUGAAAGCAUGCUCAUGAUUUAAAAGCUAGUAAACUUAGCCUAAGGACUUAACACAUUUUGAACAUGCACUUUCUUCAAUACCAGUGCAGGUAAUGAAAAGUAUCGGUGGUGGGAUACCUAUAAUGUUCAUGCAAUCUUUUCAUUGUUUGGUGGCUCAAAAGUGUGUGUCUGGACUUGGGCAUCGUUAGCUGAAGUGAUCACACUUCGUUGUCCUGCUUCUUGUGAUAACAUAAUUUGUGGUGAAAAAUUCUAUUUCGAACAAAUGGAUCUCAGCAAUGACUGAGUGAUCUCUCCCCUAAAUAAGCGAAGAAAAAAAAUGCACGAUAAACCGUGCUUUUUUUAUCUCUAAAUAGCAUUGCAUUGUCUUCAUACUCUAGCGGUAUUCUAAAAUAAAUUCUAUAUAAAACUAAGCAGCGAGUUCGGUGGAGCGAUACCGUGUUCACCAACCAGCAGGUAUUGCUGUGGAGCUGCUGAGAAUAUUCAGUGUAGGUCUCAUAUUUGUUUUAACAGAUCACGUCUCUUUUUUGUUUCGAAGUGUUUGCAAAAAGCAGGGCUUCCAAGACUUUCGGCGGUAUUGUGUGUUGCCUCGUUUCUGUGCAUCUCUCCGACGUGAUGCUUGGUAUUUUCCUCCCACAUUUCUGCAUUUAGUUUCUCACCAUUGCAUUGGAAUUGAACCAUACACAAGGAGUAAUCUUGCAUGGUAGAUGCCAGAGUUGCCGUGCUUGUCGAUGGGUCACGGCAUCAUGUAUUGUGGGUGAAUAGAAUUGCUUAGCCAAAUAGUUUAUCUAAUUCCAGUUGCAGCAUAGUACUUCUACUGCUUGAGCUUGAUGCGAGCAGAGGCUUCUUGGCAGGGUACGCUGUGGGUAAAAGUCAAUAUCGCACACAUUUCAGCGGUCACUUGCCAUUUCCUCUGAUUUAAAAUAAUAAGGUGUGAAAGAAAACGAUACAGGCAACAUACUGAUUUUAAGCAAUUGUUAUAACUACUUGAGUAUUAGGAUGCUGAAUUAUGCCUACUUGUUAAGAACUGCAAGGCCGAUUACUGACUUUUCUUGGUGUGCCUUAAUUUAAGGAUUACGUUACCGAAUUCAUGUCUUACGGAUUCAUGUGCCACAUUGCUUAAAGAUUUUUUUCUCCAAAAAAAAUUGUCCGUUGCAUGCUAUUGCUGAUGUGGUGGCAGAAAAACUUGGAACAGUGUUUGCCUUAAGUUCCACAGUUUCAUCAUAUGUGCUACAGUUAUUUAUAAUGUUUACUAGCCAAGAUUACAUACAGAACCAACAGGCGAUUUUUGUUACCUUUGUGAUCUCUAGUAGUGCUAUGAAUCUCGGCAGCGAAGUCGACUUUUUAUGUCAAAUGGCUGUCAGCAGGGCUUACCCCCAUAGCCUCAAAAUGAAUUUUUAUCUCAACUAAGUUGAGCACAGUGCCACUGCUCUACUGAAAAUGACUCGGUGCUUCUCCGGAGUUGCUGUAGAAUAUCGCACUUAUUGCCUUGUGCCUAGAUAUAGCGCUCCCAUCGAUUUCUUCAAGUGAAGGUGGAGUGUUGAGUGGAGGGGCAUUCUAGAAUAUGGGAGUGAGUCUGCCUUUCAAGUGGAGGUUCCCACUAAGCAAUGUCGCUGCCCCCCCCCCCCCCCCACCUCCCAAAGCCAUAUGGGCUGCUUGUUUGCUUGUAUAUAUAUGUAUGUGUGUAUGUAUGUGUUUUUUUAGAAUGCGGGGGUCAUAUGUGUGUAUUGUUAAUGACGAGGUCGGGAGGUGAGGGUCUAGAGUGGUAGUGGGUCUCCAUUACCCGUCCCUAUUCUUGUCUUUGCUUUUAAGUCCUGCAUACCACUUUUAAAAUACUGGUAAACUGUUCGCACUGAAAUGUGUGGUUGCUUCGUAGUGCUAGCGUCUGCUCUAGCAGGUUUGUGGGGCUGAUCCUUGUGGCUCCUGUAUGCUAGAUCUCUGCACCUUUCAAAGUGAAGGUGCAUUGCAUUCGUAAAAACAAUUUGUUUUUUGGCAGCCUAAUUGGACCAUAAGGAAUCGAGAAUUGUGUGCAUUGUUGUUCAGACUGCUGCAGCAGCGAGUGUCUCUUGAUCAUAACCUUCAUGCUUUGUGUGGUGUUGAUCGUUACAGGUAGCAUGAAAUGCAUGCAUAUAAGUGCAUGUCAAUUCCAGGUUGUGUGCACCAGGUUGUUCUGUUUUACUCAUCUCCGGCCAUUUAUACAAGGCUCCGAGAAUUGUGGAAAGCCUAUUGUGACUGCAUUUAUUUAUUUAUUACAACUUUGAAGGAGUUUAUAGGGUGGAGAGAACAGAGCCUUACUCAUCUUCUGUUCCUGGCUUCAACAAAGGCUUUCAACUUAGCUUGUUUAAUGAUGUUUUUAGGCCAUUGUGUACAAUUUGGUAGCAAGACACGUUCUUCCAAGCAUGGUUUGUUGAGUGUGGAUAUAGUUUAUGAUGGACUGUACGUUAAUAAAACCGCAUUUGUAAAUACA